AUGCAGUUUGGCAGAUGGCAUUUAGAAAAGGAAAAUGCAAAUCAGUUUAAUAAUGCAGAAGAAAGUAGAAAAGCCAACAUACAGCUUAAAUUAUUAACUCAAAACUUAGCAAAUAGCAACAUUCACCCAAUGGCAAUUUACAAAAUUCGACCAUUUGAUCAAAUAUUUGAGUUGGAUUCUUAUAAAUCUAAACCUUUAAAUUUCACACAACUUUCGAGAGAUAAAACUACAGAAAUACGAA